AAGAGGAAACGAGGAGUGCGAGGAGGUGGGGUUUUUGAUAUUGUUGGCGGGAAAGAGGUGGAGGAUGAGCUCGUCGGCGGUAGAGCCAGAGGCACCCGAUCUGGUUUGUCAGUUGGACAACGUCCAAGGCAUGGUCGAUGCCCUCUCCUCCGUCCGCUGGAAACGCCAUCAGGAAGCGGUUGUGGAGUUGUCUGAGCAUGGCAUAGUCUUGAUUGUUGAGGAGUCCAGAUGUCUUCAGGCCAAAGUGUAUCUACAACGUGAGCUUUUCAUUCAAUAUGAUUAUAGUGCACAAGGGCGGCCUCGUUUCGGAGUCAGUUUGGGCCUCUUCGUGGAUUGCCUCAACACAUUUUCAGUUCCUGGGCAGUCAAACACCAUCGAAAUCCAGUACCCAGGGCCAGACAUGCAGCUUCUUCUCAAAUCUGUUGAUUCGGUGAAUGCUUGCAUUUAUGCCGAGAUUAGAACAAGGAUUCUGGAUAUGGUUUCAUGGGACUACAACUUUGAACCUGCAGGAAGCACCCCACUCAGUUUUACUGUUAAGUCUGCAGCUCUAAAGGAAGCUAUUGAUGAUCUAGAAUGGCCCGGAUCAAGCAUCCAGAUAGUUUUACAACCAGUUCCCCCUACUGUCACCUUCAGAGGUGAAGGCCAUGGUGACUUACAGAUAGACUUCAUGUAUUAUGCGAAUACCGAUUUGUUGAUUGCAUUCCAUUGUGAUCAACGAGCCUCCUACAGGUACAAGUACAAGUUCCUCCGUGCAACAACUUCAAACAUACCUAGUAGCGUGAUCAAAGAUAAUAGAGGGAGCAAGUUGACCAUCGGGAGAGGUGGGAUGUUGAAAGUUCAACACCUGGUUUCUGUUGCGAGACCGUCUGUUUCACAUUCCCAUGUUGAUUCUGCUGGCUAUCAGCAACCUAGUCGUAUUGCUUAUAUCGAGUUCUUUGUCAAGCCAGAGGAAGAAGCCUCUGGAAAUGAUUCAUAGGCCUUCUUUAGAAUGAUUGACAGUUUUGCAUGCUUUACUUGUUCUAGGGUAUAUCAGGUAUGUAUUGAACAAAACAGAAAAGAAAG